AUGAAACAACAGGAAGUCAAGCAAGCAGUAAAGAUUUGGGGUAACACUAACAACCUAAUGAACAGAAAUGAAAUGCAGAAAGUAAAUAAAGCAGUAGAGCAACAGCUCGACCAAGGACUCGAGUCGAGUUGGAACAGAGUACCGAGCUCGAUCGAGUUUAGGGUCGAGUUGAAACCUCCAUUUCUAGAGCAAGAGAUAUUGGAGCUCUUAGUGGACCUUUUCCAACGAUUUCCAUCACUUCCAUGUGGAGAAUCGCCUAUGGACAUACAAGCCAGGCUCGAUCGAGUUGAAGCUUGGCCGGUCGAGUUGAGGAACUCGACCGGUUGGUCGAGUAGAUGGUCGAGCUGGUCUUCAAGAUGGCUUCCUCCUUCUUCCUUUGCGUAUCCAGUUGAGCUGCGUCCAUGUGCCAAGUCCUCCUUUGCUCCUCACGUCCCAUAUGCUCCAAAUGCUCCAAAAGACCUAUUUCAAAGGACCAAACAUGCAUAUUACAUCAACAACCUGGGAGUCGGCGUCUUCAUGUCAAAGAGGCACGGAUCCUACAAGGAAGCGACCUGCCAAUUCCUAGCUUCCCUCACAUUCGACCUCUGCAAGGAAGGCCAACAUACGCCAGAUGGAAGCGACGAGUCCAUCACUUUCUGGGCGUCAGGACAGAGACACUAUCUCUCCCUCCAGGAGAUCGAUCGCGCCUACUACCUAGGUCUCGGCAACCGUUAUGGUCUUGUUGUGGACAAGGACGAGAUGAGAGCAUUGUGGGAAGUGAUCGCUUCAGGAGACUACCAGUCCUCGACCGCCAAAUCCGCUCAUAUCAGGAGCCCACCGAUCCGGUAUCUGCACAAAUGCCUCGCCAAUGCACUCUAUCCAAGGGUCAUCACUGGAAACAUCAACUAG